CCCUUUAUAUGAGGGAGGACGGCGUGUGCUCUCAGUAGCGGGGUUGAGGCUAAGCAGUGAUAGUGUAGCUGAAGCCACUGAGGGGUUUGGAGAUCUGAUAGUGCUCUUUUGAAGGGCAGCCAUGCGCCUGAUAGGGUGCUCGGUCCUCUUCUCUGUCCUGCUGCAGGCUAUGGCAACCCCGACAGAGGACUGGCAGAGGGCCACAUCAAUUUAUAAUUUCUCCGCAGUUGAUAUUGAUGGCAAUUUAGUUUCCCUGGAAAAAUACAGGGGGAAUGUUGUCAUCAUCACCAACGUUGCCUCUAAAUGAGGUAAAACUCCAGUGAACUACUCUCAGUUUACCGACAUGCACGCCAGGUACGCUGAGAGAGGUUUGAGCAUUCUCGCCUUCCCUUCAAACCAGUUUGGGAACCAGGAGCCAGGCAAUGAAACUCAGAUCAAGCAGUUUGCCCAGUCCUACAACUCUCAGUUUGACAUGUUCAGUAAGAUCGAUGUGAACGGGCCCAACGCUCAUCCUCUCUGGAAAUGGCUGAAGGAGCAGCCCAAUGGGAAGGGCACGUUUGGCAAUAACAUCAAGUGGAACUUCACAAAGUUUUUGAUCAACAGAGAGGGGCAGGUGGUGAAAAGAUAUGGACCCCUGGAUAACCCAAGUGUGGUGGAGAAGGAUCUUCCCAAUUACCUUUAAACGCCCUAUGUAUAACUCAUACCUGCCUCACUGAACCUCCAUCCAUUUCUUCUUUCCGUUGUUCAUUCCCAUCCUUUCUCUGACAUUCCAAGCACUAGAGGAUAUGUUUUGGGUCCACCCCAGACCAGUGACGGUCUGUUCAAAAACCUGCAUGGCAGGCAGGACAGACCUGAUGAAAAUGGCGUGCAAACCUGCUGGGAGGAUGACCCUGUGACAUAUUCUUAUGGUGCUCUGUUGUGAAGGAGAAAGGAUCUUUUAGCACACUUUUAACUCAACAUGUUGUAUGUUUUCAAAAUAAAAUCUACUAAGGUUUCGUUUUAA